AUGUACGCGGCCAAGCACCGGGGCCACGCAUCGCAGCAGCAGCAGCAGCACGUCGACGAGGCGAUGUUGGGCGGCGUCCACGGGCACCGGCCCACGGCGGCGCGGCCGGCGCCGCGGCGCGCCAAGCUCAAGAUCCUGCUCGUCGUCAUCGCCACCAACCUCGUCUCCGUCUACCUCUUCUCCGGGGCGUCGCUGUCCGUGCACCUCCCGGCGUCGGCGCCGCGGAUCCACCUGUGGGACUCGGCCGCGCUGCUGCGCGACCUCAACGCCACGCGCGCCGAGCUCGCGGGAGCCCGCGCGGAGCUCGCGGCGCUGCGGUCCCAGUGCAACGCGUCGUCGAGCCUCCUCGAGUCCGUGCUCGCGGGGCUCGGCGCCGUGCACGGCGACGCGCCGGAAACCAGGGACUUCGGCGGGUGGCCCGAGGAGCCCGCGGGGGAGCUCAAGCUCGCCAUCGAGCCUCACCGGCUGCCGCUCGGAUUCCACCCCAACUUCGGCACCGACGAGCUCUUCCCCGGCCUCGGCUUCGCCUGCCGCAACUUCCAGGACGAGCUGGCGCGGUACAUGGCGUACGACGCCGGCGGCGAGUGCCCCGACGACGACGCCCUGGCGCUGCAGCUGGCGCUCAAGGGGUGCGAGCCGCUGCCCCGCCGCCGGUGCCGGGCGAGGUCGCCGGUGGGGUACGUGGAGCCGGCGCCGCUGCCGCGGAGCCUGUGGUCGGUCCCGCCGGACACCACCGUGCGGUGGGCGCCGUACACGUGCAAGAACUACACCUGCCUCGUGCGGCGCGCGCGCGCCCGGGGCGGGGUGCCCUCCUUCUGCAAGGACUGCUUCGACCUGGAAGGGAAGGAGCGGCGGCGGUGGCAGGCCGACAACGGCGGGGUCGGGUUCGGCAUCGACAGCGUGCUGCGGUCGCGGGCGCCGGGGACGGUACGGAUCGGGCUCGACAUCGGCGGCGGCACGGGCACCUUCGCGGCGCGGAUGGCGGAGCGGAACGUGACGGUGGUGACGACGACGAUGGACCUGGACGCGCCGUUCAGCGCGUUCGUGGCGUCGCGCGGGCUGGUGCCGCUGCAGCUCACGCUCAUGCAGCGGCUACCCUUCGCCGACGGCGUGCUGGACAUCGUGCACUCCAUGAACGCGCUCAGCAACUGGGUGCCCGACGCCGUGCUGGAGGCCGCGCUCUUCGACAUCUACCGGGUGCUCAGGCCCGGGGGAGUCUUCUGGCUGGACCACUUCUUCUGCCUGGGCCCGCAGCUCAACGCCACCUACGUGCCCAUCUUCGACCGCGUCGGAUUCCGGCGGCUCCGGUGGAAGGCCGGCCGGAAGCUCGACCUCAGCGCCGAGAGGAACGAGUGGUAUGUGUCGGCGCUGCUCGAGAAGCCCAUGACUUGA